UUUUUUUUUUUCACUUCUUUUUAUAUUUUAUCCGCAUCCGCACUCCCUCUCUUUUUUUAUUUAUUUAUUUAUAUACACUUUAUUGGCAGAUGGAAACUUAUAUUGGCCACAUAAAGACACCUCAGGAUGCUUUAAUUGUUUUCGAAGCCUGUAGAAGAAAUCAACUUGUGCGUGUACAACGUCGAUUAUCAUCCAAAGAAAGAAUGCAAAUUCGUUCAGGGUCAAUUUUUGCUUGGGAUGAAAGAGAGGCAGGCAUGCGUCGAUGGACAGAUGGUCGUACAUGGUCUCCCAGUCGUGUAUUAGGUAGUUUUCUUACUUACCGCGAAUUAGAUACAAAGAGAAGACCCCGUAGACCUUCUAAUUCUGUACCGGUCUGUCAUACGAAAGCAUCUUCAGCAUGCUCCUAUAAACGAGAUGGUCUGAUUAAACAAAGUUUCUCUAUCUGCACAGCCACCAACCAGAAAUUACACCUUAUUUCGUACUACUCUAAAUCCGAUGUCUUGGCCGGCCGUCUAAAGCAACCUUCCACUGAUCCUCUUAUGGGUCAAAUUAGUGUACCUAAGGGACUUUAUCCUGAAUUAAACCCAUUGGAUACAAGUGGUGGUCAUUCUGCUACACUUCAUAGUAUGAGACACGGUGACAAUUUACCUUCUUCACCAUGUCUUUCACAGCAAUCCAUCAUCGAUAGUAGUCCAUCCUUAUCUUUUUCUCCCAGUACUUGUGAUGAUGAUAUCAUCAUGACUGACUUAUUACCUUCCCCUCAUUCCAUUUAUUCAUCCGUAUCUUCAACUCCAUUGUCUCCCAUCAUGAAUCAUUCUCUUUCACUACCUGCUCAAGAUAUUGCAUGGGAAAAAUUUCCUUCAUCAGAAGACCAACGUCAACUUAGAGCACUUCAAGGCUUAUUACGACUAUAAGAAAAAAAAAAAAAAAAUUCCAAUUUAUACUAUUUGGCUCUUUUUUUUUAUAUAUAUUACUAAACUCACCCCUCCC